GGGUCUGUUCAUAAUUGAUGAGAAUGGGAUCUUGAGGCAGAUAACAAUCAAUGAUCUUCCUGUUGGCCGUUCUGUUGAUGAAACCCUCAGGCUUGUCCAGGCUUUCCAGUUUACAGAUAAACAUGGAGAAGUGUGCCCAGCUGGCUGGAAGCCUGGCAGUGACACAAUCAAGCCUGAUGUUCAGAAAAGUAAAGAGUAUUUCUCCAAGCAGAAAUAAACUUUCAGUCUGAGUGGAAACUAGUAUGCCUUACAUAAAGAGCACGCAUCAGUUACUGAACAUUGACUAAGUCAUUGCAUCUGAGUCAAGGGAUCAUGCUAUAGGUAUAAACAGUAACUUUUUUACUUGAAGGAAAGUUUGUCCUGUUGACAGUACCUUCAUAAAAUCCUAAUGAUAUCUGUACAUCAAGCCCUGUUGACUUUAGUGACAAUGCAGUGUAUGUGGUUAGUCAUGUGUUGCAUAUAGAGCAGUGGUAUCCUUUUGUAACUCUAUUAAACUUAUGAAAGAG